CUCAAACCUGGCCUUUCUAUUGUUCUUGUCGAGGUGUUGUUCUCGCGUCCGCAUUGGAAACAAAGCACAGAGGAGUCCCGCCAUCGCCCCUCUCAGACGUCUAGGCAGCCAGACUUUCAGGCAACCCGUGUUGCGCCAGCUCCGUUUCUCGCCCUCACGUAGCUGUAGUUCGAUUGAUGUUAAGGCGAGGUUCUACACUGCUGUAGCCAACCCAACAUCCAUCACCAUGGCGUCCGACAGAGAUAUCCUGCCCGACACGGUCAAGCCGUCCCACUACUCCAUUUCCCUGUAUGACCUCGAGCUCGGCGGGGAAUGGAGCUAUCAAGGCACCGUAGCAAUCGACCUCGAGAUCAAGAAGAGCACCAAAGAAAUCGUUCUCAACUCCCUCCAGCUCAAGAUACACAGCGCCGAGCUCAAGACCGAGAAUACAAAGACGGAACAGAAUUUCAAGGCCUCAGACAUUACCUACGAUGCUCACAAGCAGCGGGUGACGUUGGCAUUUGGGGAAGAGCCGCCGGCCACCUCCAAGGCAACUCUUGUGGUCAAGUUCCAGGGGACCAUGAACAACCUCAUGGCUGGCUUCUACCGCUCGAGGUAUAAGCCCACGGGAUCGGUGGCCAAGUCCGUGCCCCAGGUGGAUGACUUCCACUACAUGUUCAGCACCCAAUUCGAGUCCUGCGAUGCCCGUAGAGCCUUCCCUUGCUUUGACGAGCCGAAUUUGAAGGCUACCUUUGAUGUAGACCUUGAGAUACCCAAGGACCAAGUUGCCUUGAGCAACAUGCCGGAGAAAAAAAAGAAGGAGACCAAGGAGGGCUGGCACGUUGUUUCGUUCGAACGUACCCCGAUCAUGAGCACCUACCUUCUGGCCUGGGCUGUUGGAGACUUCGAGUACGUCGAGGACCGUACUGACCGCAAGUACAACGGGGCGCGGAUUCCAGUUCGUGUCUACACCACGAGGGGACUGAGACAUCAGGGCCAGUUUGCUCUCGAGAAUGCGAAGAAGAUUGUUGAUCUCUUUUCGGAUAUCUUCAAAAUCGACUAUCCGCUUCCAAAAGUGGAUCUUAUCGCAGUUCAUGAGUUCUCUCACGGUGCUAUGGAGAACUGGGGUUUGAUCACCUACCGAACUACGGCAGUGCUCUUCGAUGAAGCCGAAUCAGCUCAGGGCUACAAGAAUCGAGUUGCGUACGUCGUGGCUCACGAACUUGCCCAUCAGUGGUUCGGAAAUCUUGUGACGAUGGAUUGGUGGAAUGAACUCUGGUUGAACGAAGGGUUUGCAACGUGGGUCGGAUGGUAUGCUAUCGACCGCUUGUAUCCCGAAUGGAACGUAUGGGGACAGUUUGUCUCCGAGGGUGUACAAUCAGCCUUCCAACUAGACUCGCUCCGAACUUCUCACCCAAUCGAAGUUCCCGUUAAGGACGCUCUUGAAGUUGACCAGAUCUUCGACGCUAUUAGUUACCUUAAGGGUAGCUCGGUCAUCCGAAUGCUGAGCGCGCAUCUCACAGAUAAAGUGUUCCUUGCUGGAGUUACGGACUACCUCAACGCACACAAGUACGGAAAUGCGACGACGAACGAUCUGUGGUCCGCCUUGAGCAGGGCUUCUGGACAAGAUGUGAACCAUUUCAUGGAUCUGUGGAUUCGCAAGAUUGGAUUCCCAGUCCUGACCGUUGCAGAGGAGCCGGGCCAGAUCUCUGUCAAACAAGAGAGGUUCUUGCUUACAGGAGACGUGAAACCAGAGGAGGAUGAGACCACUUGGUGGCUUCCUUUGGGACUAACGACGGGCGCGCCAGGCCAGGAGAUAAAGAAACACAGCGUCAAAGCUCUCACAGCGAAGACGGAGACGAUUAGGGGUGUUGAUGACAACUAUUAUAAGCUCAAUGCCAACCAGAACGGCUUCUAUCGGACUAAUUAUCCGCCAGCGCGACUGGUCAAGCUUGGUGAGUUGAAGGCUAAAUUGAGUGUUGAGGACAAGGUUGGUCUUAUUGGAGAUGCAUAUGCUCUGGGAGUUUCUGGCUAUGCGAAGACUACAGGUUUCCUCGCCCUAAUCGAGCGCUUCGGGGAUGAAACCGAUUACCUCGUCUGGUCUCAGAUCACCGGCAAUCUGGUGAACAUUCAGAGCGUCUUCUCAGAUGUCGGAGAUGUCCACAAGGGCUUGAAGAAGUUCGCUCUUAAGCUGCUCACUCCGGCCGCCGAGAAGGUCGGAUGGGAAGCCAAGAAGGGGGAAACCUACCUUCAGGGUCAACUGCGUGUCCUUCUUAUUGGAGCUGCCGCUGCCGCCGGACAUGAAGGCAUCAUCAAAGAGAGUCUUCGCCGCUUCGAACUCGCCUCCUCAGGCAAAGACCCCAAAGCAAUCCCUCCUUCACUCCGCGGCGCCGUCUUCCGUACCGCUGUCACCGAGGGCGGCCGAGCGGCCUACGAAGCCCUCGUCAAGGAAUACACCACGACAACCUCCAUCGACGGCAAAGAAAUCUGCCUCCAGUCCCUCGGCCGCGUGCAGACGCCCGAGCUCGCCCAAGAGUUCCUCACCUUCCUUUUCUCGUCCUCGGUCGCCGUGCAGGACAAGCACUCGGGCGCUAUCGCGUUGGCCAACAACGCAAAUGUGCGCUACGAGCUGUGGAAGUACAUCCGCGAGAACUGGGACCAGACGGUGUUCCCGCUGCUCAGCGGCAACAUGGUGGUGCUGGAGCGGUUCUUGCGCGCGGGCUUGGCGAAGUUUGCGAGCUUUGAGGUUGCGGAGGAGAUUCGGGAGUUCUUUAAGGAUAAGGACCAGAGGGGGUAUGAUCGCGGCCUUGCGGUUGUGAAUGAUACGAUUCUGGGGCAGGCAACGUAUCGGAAGAGGGAUGAGGAGGUUAUUAGGGAGUGGUUGAAGGCGAAUGGGUAUUUGGAGUAGGCGGUGCCCGGACGACCUCGAUGAGGUGUGUGAUGGGGGCCGUAGGGCGAUAGCUUCGCUGGCCUUGAGAACUGAAAGGGUUAUUUCGUGAAAUUGUCUGGAGCGGUAGCUUCGCUAUUCGUUUCAGAACGGAUAUUCGUGUGGAAUUGAGUUAUCCGUCUAGGAUGAAUACUCUACAUGAAUACCAUCAUCUACCCUGCUCAUCUGC